UGUUUUUGUUAUAUACAGAAUAACAAUAUGUUUAGAGAAUAAAGAUAAAUAACAUAUAUAAUUGUUAACUUGUCAUUCACUUCACGAUAAUUACGAUAAAAAAUAUCAGCUGGUCAGCAUCUCACAAACAAAUUACUUGUGCUCACGUCCUUGUGGAAUGUGGUUCUUUGUGAAGAAAGGAGUGUAAGAUACUACUUAAGAUAUACUAUUGUGUUAUAUAAGAGGAUAUCAAGUAAUUUAUUUUAAGAUUCUUACAUAACUCACAUUGAAGAAAAACAUAAAUUAAUAAACGAUAUCGACCAAUGAAUCUUAUUUUCUUUACGAAACUUGCGAUUCUGAGCAAUUCUUUUAAGUGACUCUUGGAUCCUUAUACUCCUAAAUAUCUACUAUGGUCUCAGCGUGGGAAGAUUUUUAUGCCAAGCAUCCACCUCCUCAAGACUUGGCACAAAAUGAGAAUGCAUUGAAGGAAUUUACUAAGAAACACUUAGAGGGGGGUAACAAAGUAGUGCUAAUAACGAGUGGAGGCACAACGAUUCCUUUAGAACACAAUACAGUAAGAUUUGUAGAUAAUUUCAGUGCAGGCACAAGGGGAUCCCUUUCCGCAGAAUAUUUCUUGCAGCAUGGAUAUGCAGUUAUUUUUAUGUAUAGAGUGAAGUCCUUAGAACCAUUUUCUAGGCACUUUCUAGGUCAGACAUUUUUAGAUAUGCUUCAAAUAUCAGAAGAUAACGAGAAUCCUGUUAUCACAGUAUCACCAAAAUAUACGCAAAAAGUGGUGGCAGUGUUGCGAAAAUAUAAAGAAGCAAUGGACAAGGAAAAAUUGUUACAACUCAGCUUUACAACUCUUUCCGAAUAUCUUUGGCUACUCCGAUCUGCUUGUCAAGCAUUAGCACCUCUAGGAAACAGAGCUAUUCUAUAUUUAGCAGCAGCAGUCUCAGACUUUUACAUUCCCUCCAAUGAAAUGUCGGUCCAUAAGAUACCCUCCGCCUGUGGGCCACCAACUAUCCAGCUUCAGUUAGUGCCAAAGAUCUUAGCCCCAUUAGUUAGUUUAUGGGUGCCGCAAGCAUUCGUGGUGUCAUUUAAACUGGAGACUGAUGAAACCCUGCUGAUCACUAAAGCGAGAAAAGCUCUGAAUAAGUAUCACCAUAACCUUGUAAUAGCCAACGUGCUGCAAACUAGAAAACAACAGGUGGUAAUCGUGAGCAACGAGACCAACUAUGUUUUGUCGCUCACGAACGAGCAGUUAAACAACGGCGAGGAGAUUGAACAAUUAAUAGUGAAAGACCUCGUCGAGAAACAUACAAAAUUUAUACGAUCUAAUGAAGUUAGUUGAUCGUAUUGCUGGAAUCUGCUAGAUAGAUUAAGUAUGGAUAAUGCUAAGGUAUCUAUCAGGUUUUUUUGACGUAUAUUUCAAGAAUAAGA